AUGAACUCGACUUCUAUUCAAAAAGUGCUCGUCAUUGGCGCAAGCGGCAAUGUUGCAACUUCCGCCAUCAAGGCACUCUUGGAAGACGGGUUCCAGGUCACUGGACUUACUCGAGAAACUUCGGUAGCAUCGCUGCCGGAGGGCGUUACACAUGUGAAGAGUGACUUUUCUGAGGCCUCGCUGUCGAAUUUUUUCAAGGGCCAAGACGCAGUUGUCAGCACCCUGUCAAGCAUCUCCCCAGCCGGUGCUCUGGCCUCUCAGAACUCCCUCAUAGAUGCGGCCAUAGUUGCAGGAGUCAAGGUCUUCAUCCCCUCGGAGUAUGGGGUCGACACAUCUGAUCCAUCGGCCCCGGAGAUCAUUCCUUUUCUUACCGACAAGAUUGCCACUCUCGACUAUCUCAAAAAGAACCAGGACAAGAUUUCAUGGACUGCCAUCGUCUCCGGGGCCAUGUUCGAUUGGGGCCUUGCGAUCCCUGGUUUCGGGGGCUGGGACGUGGCAGCUCGAACUGUCACAAUUUACGACGGCGGAGACAUUCCCUUCGACGCCACCAACCUCGACCAAGUUGGUAGAGCCAUCUCCAAGUCCUUGAAGAAUCCGGAGCUCACCAAGAACCAACAUGUCUAUGUCAAUAGCUUCACCAUCACCCAGAACCAGGUUCUCCGAGCCUUGGAGAAAGUCACCGGAGAGAAGUUUGAUAUUUCUCAUGGUUCUGUUGAGGAACUUUGGCAAACCGGUGCUGCUCAAGUCCGAGACGGGCAGCCGCUAGGUGCUCUGGGCCUGAUUGCAGGUGCCGUGUAUGGGAAAGGGGGGCUGGCGCAAUACUCCGCCAAAAGGGGCAUUUGGAAUCAGAAACUGGGAUUGCCAGAGGAGGAUCUCGAAGAGUUCUUGAAGCGCUAUGUUACAGGCAAAUAG